AUGUCAUUGGAUCCUGUUUUAUUCAUCACAAAAUUCGAUGUCACUAAAGGUUAUUCGUCAGUGUAUCAAUCAAGUUCUUCAAUUCAUGAUAAUUUAGAAUAUAAAUCUCUUCCUUCUGGCUUACACCAAUCUAGGUUUGAUAUUAUUCGUUUCUUGCAUUCAGGUUAUAAUGGAAUAGCCAUUUUCAGACAGAAUGGUAUGAACAAGGACAUUGAUUCAAAUGAUCGUCAAACAAUCAAAAUGUACUCGCUAGGGUUGCUUUAUAAGGAUGAUGAGCCAAAGUAUUUGAAGCGGGCACUUGAACAAUUCGACGCCAUUUUAAGCAAAUUCAUUGAUGAUGAAACCAUAAAUGAAAAUGUUUUCAUCGAAGAAUCUAAAGAAAUGUUUCAACGAUACUUGAAGGAUUCUAAAAGUGUAUCGAAUGGAGCACCAAUUAAUCACGAUAUCAGUGAUGAUUCUUUUGCAACAACAUUCAACCACGCUGGUCCUUUCGUGUAUGACUUGUGGAGAUAUAUGCUAAAUAACAAGAGAAUUCUAAUCAAAAAUCAUUUUGAUAGAGCUGGAGUAUUACUGAAUGACAAUAUAAUCAAUUUAAACACUGCCUUAAUCAGGAACCUAGGCCAGGUGAUACAUCAUUCAUCAGAAACUUUCAAACUGAAGGAGCAAAUUCAAACCUCAGAAAUCCUAUACAAUAUUUCGUUACAAGAUAUUGAUACCCUUGAAGAGCUUAGUAAAUCAAAAUCUGGAUACCUAGCUUGCACCUCAGAUGAUGUUAUUUUCACAAGAAUGAAUUUGUUUGACUAUAUGGUAGAGUUUGAUCAUUUAACCAAAAAGCCUAUUCUUAAAAAAAAUAUUUAUGAUCGCAAUUCUAAAACCCACUCUUUCAAAGAGAUCAAAUUCUCAAACGUUGACUUGAAUAGUUUUAUUAAAUUGCAGACAGGCAUGGAUUUUGAGUUAUUCAGAUCAAUGUUUGAUGAAUGGAAACUUUCUGCCGAUAACUCGUGGGCCUCAUUACUAAACUCAUGGAUUUAUGGAGUCCCUAAAUCUCUUUCGAAUGUUAAUAAUUACGGGAUAAUAGAUGAAAAUAAGUCAUUUGAAGAUAUCAAAAAGAAUGUUGGCUCAGCUGCUUCAAAUGCGACCAGCGAAAGUACUACGGCCUCAUCUGCUAGUAAAAAAGGUAAAUUGUUGAACAAAGAGUUGGUAUUAGCUCAUUUUGACGUAAUUUUGUCUCAUUACUGUGACACUAUAAACGACAUUAUCAAAAACGACGAUCAAGACUAUGAAAGUCAAAGACAUGGAGGCGAGGGUUCUUAUGACAGCGAAGUUGACGAGUUUUUCGGCAAUGACGAAAAUGAUGGUCUAGUGAGUACAAAAUUGGAUGAUAAUGGGCUACCAAUAAUUGAGCUAACCUUAUCUGAUAUUCAUCAACUAUAUUUGAAUCCUUUCGCAGCUGAUGAUAAACAGUUUGUUUGUGAAUUUGUGAAAAAUAACUUCAAACGGACUGUAUCGAUUACUAGCUUUGCUGGCUUGUCAUGGCAAAUAUUUUCUUGCUGUGGGUAA